AUGCUCCGUUCACUUUCUACUUUCUCCAAGUCGACAGUCCGAUGCAUGUCCCUGACUUCCAAGCUUGCUGCCGAGCAACCUUCCAAGCAAGAAGUUGACGAUUUGUUCGCCGAGAAACCGGCUCAUCAGCAGGAACGACGACAUGCUUACAGUCUGAACAAGGUAGAACUCGUCGGAGGUGUCGCCUUGGAUCCAAUGUUCAAGGAGGCUAAGAACGGAAAACCAUAUCUUCUGUUCAACAUGAUCACUAACUCUCAAUACAAACAACAGGACGGUAAUGUUGUCGAACAAUCUGAACGCCACGUGGUGACAGUGUUCGGAAAGCAAGCCGAGUCUCUGUCAAAGACCAUCAAGAAGGGAUCUCGUCUCAUGGUUCAAGGAAGACUUCAUUACAACGGAGGUCAGAAGGAUGCCGAAGGAAACCGUUCGCAACGCAACACCUACAUCAUUGCAAACACCGUUCAACCAUUGGCUCGACCGACUCGGGAAAAUUCAGAAAAACACUAA